CCACAGUCCUGGACACCUUUCCUGUCCUCUUCCCCCUUUCCUGUUGUUAGCCGUCAUAUGCCUUGAUGUCAUUCCUGCCAUUGUGAGCUGACAGGCCCCUCCAGCCCCGGAGGACAUGCUCACCCAUAAGCAAGCAGGGAGUUGGAGCUGGGAGGUGGGGGGAGCAGUGGUCCCACCAACACCUUGGAGCUGGGCUGGGUCUGUGUGGAGCCCCAGAGAUGUUCCCUAGCCCAUUUUUUUUUAAGAACCAAUGAGCAAAAUUAGGGGCCUCCCUCCUGCGGUCAGGGACCCAGGCCCUGGAGUGGGACUCGGAGUAGAAGAGGGUCUCCUUUGUCAGCUUAUCCAUUCUCCAGAAUUCAACUUGUUCUCUGACUCGGUGGUGUUUGAGAGCACCUUUAUCCAGUCCACUCUAUCUCUGACCCAUGGAUCUGCGGCUGAUUUCCAGGUCACUAAGCAAGGAACCUGGAUGGAUGCCUACGAAAGAUCUGCCACCAUGAUCCUUGGAGUAACCUCUUCGGUGCCCUCCUUGCCACUCCCCAAUGUCCUCCUGAUGGCCAAUGUCACCUGGCCUCACGGUCCAUUUUCCACCUGUAGCACACCUGGUGCCCCUGUCAUCACUCUCAGCAGGAUUCUCCCCCUAAAGUAUGUGGAGCUCCAGAUCUAUGACCGGACCCAGCGCAUCCUUCGGGUUAGGACAGUGACUGAGAAGAUCUACUACCUGAGGCUCCACGAGAAACAUCCGCAGGCAGUGUUCCAGUUCUGGAUACGCUUGGUGAAAAUCUUGCAGAAAGGUCUGUCUAUCACCACCAAAGACCCGAGGAUCCAGUUCACUCACUGCCUGGUGCCCAAGAUACCCAACUCCUCCACUGAAGCAACACCUGAAAGCAGCCUGCCGACCUCCUCCCAGGCCAGCGAGACGGCGAUGUUGCAGGCAGCUGAGCAGACCAGUGGCAGUCUCUUAGGACUCUCAAAAAGAAACCAGCCCUCAGGAGACAGACACUCCGGUUCUGCCACCGAUAUAGACAAGUCCAGCAGCUGCAAGACUUCCUCGCUGGUGGUAUCUUCAGUUAAUAUGCCCAUGAGAGCCACUUUAACCCACAGCCUCUGGGAGCAAGACAACUCAAGUGAGAUCUUUCUGCAGGCUCCUGUAGCCAGCUCUCUAGGAGAGAACUUUCUGGGACCCUAACACAUAGCCGGACCCGGGUGUCAGGCCUGUCUUCUAUGCAUUUGCUCCACCUCCUAUAGUGCUCUUCCUACAGUGAGCCAAGUAACCGUGGGAGAAAUGAGACGGUGCUU